UUUUCUCAUUUACAGUUGGCUUGUUCCUACGCUGUCAGUAAAAGAUCGCGUAGAUAUUACUCUCCUCACUAGACGACAUCGGUAAUUAAUCCCCGGAAAAGACAGCGCCAACGUGUUCACAAAACCUGAGCCCUCUCGCAUAAUGGAGGGGAUUAAGUUGGUAAACUUGGGCAUUUCUCUGCAGCUAUGUCUGCCUCUCACGGCCUUCUAAAUUUUCAAAAUUGUGUGGAAACGGAAUGCUGACAGGUCGUUAACAGGGCACUCUUUAAGAAUAACAGUCAUGAAGCAUCCAUCUGAAAAUUCAGAAAACUUUGAGUUCAACCUAGGGAAAGCACUGCAGCUGCGAUGUGUCUACAGUGGAAUGGCGACAACGUGUGGCGAGUGCGAAUCGUGCAAACUUGGUGCUAAACUGGCCACAACUAGAGAAUGGUUUCUUCGUGCUGGGGAAUAUACUAAACGACGGUUUGUCCUAGGUCUGGUCAGGAGAUUCCGAAGUGUUGAUCUUAUACGAUACAUCAUUGGGCUACUGAAACCAUUACUGUGCAAGGAUUUCACCUAUGCAAGAUCUCGAACAAACCCUGCGUCGAAAGGUGACCAAGCAGACAUGUGUGGUGACAGGGCACUUAAUCCCAGUACCGUUGACAAAGAAAUAUCCGAAACGUGGCACUGGUUUUUGAACUCAAAAUACUGGACCAAAGCAAAUUUUUUACUAGGUGUGAUGCAGAUGGCGGAGCCCGAGCUUUUGUAUGUCAUGGGAACACAGGCAAGAACGAUGUUAAUAUCGGAAGAAAAAUCAUUCCACACAGCUCCAGAAGAUGAGCUAUGCAACGCGGACACGCAGUCUCUGGACGCGUCUGUAUAUUCGUUUGACUCUGAAGAGCAUCCGGAAAUAGAUCUCUUAAAGUUGGCCUGUUCUGAAUAUUCCGUCCCCGUCACUAAUCCAUUCGCUGAGGAAUUCCCUGAGGAUUCUGAUCAUGAAAUUGUCGAAGACGAUGGCGAAUCGAGCAUAUUAGACAGCCAAUCGGAAUUCUCGUCUAUUGACCCAACGUGCCUUGUUAUUCCGACGACGACCAGAGCUAUAUUGGGCGUCAUGAAGUACAAAGACUUUAUUCGCCAUCUGCCCGUUCACUUGUCAAAAUACAUUCUCAGCUUUCUGGACCAGCCGAACCUGUAUAACUGUCUGUGCGUCAGCAAGCACUGGCGAGUUAUCGUGGAGGAGGUUCACCGUGAUCGGGAUCUCAACCAAGCAAUAUGGGAGGAAGUCAUGUUAAUGCAGGGGGCUUCGGCACAGGGAUGUAACCCAGUUUACGCUAAGAAGAUUCAGGUGGCAGUUCCGCGGCUCAUGAGCAAUGAGUCGUUUGAUAUUGCCCCGAAUCUGGAAGAAGAACGUCAGGAUGUUCAUUUCAAAAGUGAGAUCACGCUCCAGCAGUCGUACAGCGGAAUUCUCACCGAAGAAAUUACCGUGGAAGAAAGGAAUGUCUACUGUGGUUCUUAUAAUGUGAUGGUCCUAUCUGAUCAGGAUGAUUAUGGUCGGGUUGUUCACUACAACUAUGGUCAACUCGUAGCCAUGGGUUCAGCCGACCGCAAAGUGCAUCUGAUUGACGUUAUCUCUGGGAAAGAGGUCGGACCAGUCAUCACCGGGCACGCUGGUUCUGUUAGAUGCGUCUACAUUGAUGAAGAAAGAAAUUUUGUGCUCAGUGGUAGCUAUGAUACCAGUAUAAGAUGUUGGAACUUGGACACUGGUCAAUGUCAGAAGAUAUUCCGAGGACAUCGUAAUACCGUCAUGUGUCUAGACAUGGACGAUGAUCGCGUGGUGUCUGGUGGUAAAGAUAACGCUGUCAAAGUGUGGAAUUUUGUCAGUGGGAAAUGUCAACGUACGUUUAAACAUAGACAUCAAGUUUUAGCGGUUGCAAUACUGAAUGGCCGAGUAGUGAGCGGAUGUGAAGGUGGCCGGGUCAAAGUGUGGGAUAUCCCAUCAGCAUCACUUCUAAAGAGACUUGAUGGUCACCAUGGGCCAGUAACAGGAGUCAAGAUUGAUGAAUGGCAUAUAAUUACAGCCAGUAAAGAUUGCUACGCGUUGACGUGGAGUAACGUUGGUGUGCAUAAAAGAUGUUUGAGCGCUCUGAGACAUCCAAAAGAAGUGUUGUGUAUAGAGAUGUCUUACAUGAGAUUAGUUUCUGGCUGUGCUGAUGGCAAACUCAGAAUAUGGAAUUUUUUGAAAGGAGAAUGCUUACGUGUGAUGAGAGGGAAUAGCCGAUCUGAUCCGGUUGAUACCAUUCUAUGCUGUGGGGACAGAAUGUUGCUGAACACAGUGAACACUUUGCUAGUGUUUAACUUUGAACGUGUUGAUUGGGACUACACACUUGAUAGCGACAAAAUAGAGAUACUGACAUACAACAACCACUAUGCUGAUGCCCCGCUGAGAAAACACAAUUAUUCCUAUGUCCGUGCAAAUAGAAUGGAGCGUGCUGGAUCGGCCAAUCCCAAAAUCAUUCAACACAAUCGGUGUGAGCAGGCGCCAAGCGCCAUGGUGUAUUUGAAGUAUACCCAAAUUCCUCACAGUACCAGAACACUUAGUGCUAAAAGUAUGAAACGAGCAGCGCUUGUUCAAAGUACGAUGCGUGAAGUGCAACUGACAAAUAGUUUGAAAGGCAGCGUGUACCAUAAUGUGCAGGGAAUACGACCACAAAGUGCCGAGACUACCAGGAUGUCUAUUUCAUCACGUCCCACCACUUCAAUGUCAAAAUCAGUUAAGAUGUAUUCACGGCCAGGCACCUGUGACACUCACGUUACAACAUUAUCGAUGCAUCCACCAUCUUGCAGUGCUAAAUCAAGACCUGAUAGCGUGUUGAGUAGCUGUUCGCGACCAGUUACUGCGUAUUCAACGCAAAGUGCUAAAAUGGUCUCACAAACCAAGCGUGUAACGCUUCCAGAGAGGGGCCACAGUGCCCCAGCGAGUGUGCAAGGACGUUUUUAUGCAAGUCGAACAGAUCCCGAUCCUGAUGAAGUGGUCUCUGUUUCAGAAGCGAGAGCUGUGUGGCGAUCACACCAACGAGUAAAGGACCGACUGACACCAAGCGAUAGACUCUUGUUGGUGCAUAACGCUGUUGAAAUUUCCAAAGAUACAACUGGUGAACUUGUGAAAAACACAACACACAAUUGCCAGGAAAUAGAGUAUAAAAUGGAACCAUCACCUGAGAGAAAAACUGUGUCCAGGGAAGAUAGGUCUGUUAGUAUUCAGGCAAGUCGGUCGUCUACUUCUUCUAGUGUUUCGUCUUACAGGUCGUGUGUCUCAAGAAAGGUCACAACGUCUGAGACAGUUGUCACUCCUAUAGAAAGCAUGCCUUUAGAUGCUAAGCCGCAUCUCAGUAUGUUUUCAAAGACUGUAAACUCUACAAUUCCAAAACCAACACUUCUCAGACCACAAACUGCAAAGUCCCGAGUUGUGAAACAGUCUACAGUCACCAAUUCAGGCGAGCAGGUGACAGCAACAGUCAAUGAAUCUCCCAGUAUGAGAAGAUCUAAGAGCGUUGGCGCUUUGCCGAGUACGCCGGCAGCAUUUGGUGUCAGCAUGCAAUUCAAGAAAAAAAAGAACGGAAUGUCUACCACACAUACUGAACCCGUUAUUAUGGUUCCUAUGUUUAUGCAUGGACCCAGCAAAAUUGAAGUUGGCACUCCAAAAUCUGUGCAGCAUGAACAGCGGCCACCGUCACGUCCCAUGACGGCAUCCUCACGAUUCAGUUUGGCAUCGGUCAAAGACCCGCUCAAAGUCGGUGGAACGUCAGAGUUCCAGUUGAGAACACGAACACAAACUGAAGAUUACCUUGAGAAAAUCACUACGCUACAAGAACAAUAUAUGCGAGAGAGAUCGUUGGGACAGAGGAAGAAACAGAGGGCUGCGUGGCUGUCGAAGGCUAAAGGACUAACGCAUGAAGAUUUUAGCAAGCGACCAAAACCAAUAGCACCUGAAAUAGGAGAAUUUUAA